UUUCUCUCUGGUUCUCAGAGAAUACAACCAAAGCUUACUACUGUUCAGAGACAGGGAAACAGGAGCCGUGUUUAUAUCCAUAUUCUGCUCGAGUAUUUCUCAGAAGGCAAUUUCUGCGAAAGGAAUAGCUACCUCUCACCACAACGUCAAUCAUGAAUGAAAACCGCUUGGCAAUCGACAUUCUGCUCUUGUGUGUAUUCUGUGGAGCAAGUGCACUGGCAGCCUUUAAUCCAACUUCAUCCUUGCCAGCGACCAAUUUCACUGAUAUUGGCUCCGCGCCUCCUAAAUACCUCACUGAGGCUACGAACAUUCCCAAAACCAGACGGAAGCGUUAUAUUUCCCAGAAUGACAUGCUUUCUAUACUUGAUUACCAUAAUAAAGUCAGAGGAAAAGUUUUCCCCCCAGCCUCGAACAUGGAGUAUAUGGUGUGGGAUGACACUCUUGCAAAGACAGCUGAGCAAUGGGCAUCCACAUGUAUUUGGGAGCAUGGUCCUCGCAGUCUUCUCAGAUUUCUGGGCCAGAACCUUUCAGUCAGAACAGGAAGGUAUAGGUCCAUUUUGCAGCUGGUGAAGCCCUGGUAUGAAGAAGUGAAAGAUUAUUCUUUUCCCUAUCCUCGAGACUGCAAUCCCAGAUGUCCCCUUAAGUGCUAUGGGCCUAUGUGCACUCAUUAUACACAAAUGGUGUGGGCAACCUCAAAUAAAGUAGGAUGUGCCAUCAACACUUGCCAUGAUAUGAAUGUUUGGGGCUCAGUUUGGAAGAGAGCAACAUACUUGGUGUGCAACUAUUCUCCAAAGGGGAACUGGAUUGGUGAGGCUCCAUAUAAAGUAGGUGUUCCUUGCUCCAUGUGCCCUCCAAGCUAUGGAGGAUCAUGCAGUAACAACAUGUGCUUUCCUGCUGUGAACUCAAAUUACCUGCACUGGUUCAAAUAAACACAGACAGACAGAAUGCACAUGCCCCAUCACAGAGACACUCUCCCUUGAUGGGAAUUUGCACAAUAUUCCUGCAUCACCCUGUUUUGUACAUUUGGGCUAUAUAGGACCAUGUUUGUUAGGCAGCAAGUGAUUAUUUUUUAUUUUUUUUGUACAUAAAUAAUUUUUCAAUGUUUAUACUAUGUAUUAAUAUUACUUUGUUUAUGGAGUCAUUAAUUGGAAAUACAGUUUAUUUCCUGAGAGGGACUGUUCUGUGAUCUAUCAAGACAUCAUUGGUGCUUACAGUUUUCAGAGUAACUGUACUCAGUUAACACAAUGACAGCAUUACACUUAAUGUAACAUUAGCCAGUCUAACGUUACAAAUGAUCUGUAGUUCCAGACUAGGUGCCCAGAAAACCAACCCUCAAGGUAUUCUGCUUGAUCCAUAGAUAAAGACAUUGUUGAAUGACUCUGAAAAGUCAACCCUGCUAAAAAGAAGAGUUCAAACCAGCCUAAGCUGGUCUUAGCUAAUCUUCCAGUCUGCUCAGGCUGGUCUGUUGACUGGUUUUAGAAGGGGUUUUGGGCACUUUUAAGCUGAAAGAUCUGCCAGACCAGCUGAAGACCAGUUUAAACCAGCUAAGAUCAUCAAGCCAUUUAGGCAAGUUUAAGAUACGUUUUUUAGCAGGGUAUUCAUCAGUACUGACAUUGGGUCAAGCAGUCUGCUUUGUCUUAUGUCAUUAUUUAUUAACCCUUAGGGUUGAAUUUUGGUGCUUUAGAUGAAAUACUGAACUCUUUUUGAAUAGGAGUGAAACACGGCAGUACUUUACUUUACUACGAAUUACUUACUGGUAUCCUCAGUCAUGCUUUGCUUUAGGUCUUCCCUCCUGGAAUGUUUCCAGAUGCGUAAAGCAUUAAGCCUAGAAAUGUGUGUUUGUGGCUUAGAAAUGGUGAAAUGUAGAGUAGUAACAUUUAAUUGAAAAAACUCCACAUUUUGCAACCCCAGCAUUUUGCAAGGCAUAGCAUUGAACAAGAUGGCAAACUGUGCUGUACCCUCAUGGAAUGUUGAGGUGAAUUAAUAUGAAAACAUGGCUGAUAUGUAAUCGCACCUUAAAAUGUUUUUUAAUGUAUUUUUUAUUAGAAGGCUUUUAUUGAUGGUGAUUUUACCUUUUGUACAUACAUUUAUCAUAAAUUUAGCAAUAUGCUCUGUGUACAAUGCAUGCAUAAUAGUGGCACUCUAUUGGGGGAAAUGUACUGAUUGUGUUGAUUUUACUCAUGUCUUUUGAACUGCAUCACACAAGCACUUAGGGAAUCUAGCAGGCAUACUUUGCAACAAUGUGCAUAUAGAGGAGGUUAUUUAAAGGGUCAUACUUUCUCCUUCUACAAAUAUAGGAUGUCCAACAUGACAUCAGUGUCAUUGUAUGACACUUUAUGUUCAUGAAUUUGAAAAAUUCUCUGAAGGCAAGUUCACACUCAACCGUUGUUGGGUUUUGUUGGAUCAGUGUGUUGACCCUGUUGCCGUUUGUUGGGGCAGUGUGAAAAUGACAGUUAUGUUUCCCAGCAUUGUAUAUCCAGCAGCCAACUUUAGAAUGCUGGAAAAGUUUGCUUUUGUUGGAAAAUGUGAAAAAAUCUUUGAUCUUUGUAGACCUCAGAUUUUUAUGCUACUUUUUUGUUUAGAUUUUUUUUUUUAAAUACCAUGACAGGUUAUGGUUCUGGAUUUCAUAAACAUAAUGUAAAUUUGUAGUUUGCACCUAUUGUUAAGAUGCCAUAUACCCAAUUGGCAUAUAUAUUUCAGUAACAAACUAUUUAUCAUCUGUAAUAAGCUGUACAUAGCCUUUUUUAUACAAAUAUUUUUAAAUGUCUAUUUUAUUAUGAAGCAAGUGUUUAUAUCUGUUAUUUAAAAGUGUUCAUUUAUGCACCAUUGCAAAGCUAGGCUUAUUAAAUCUUUCUGUUAUUAUUCAGCUUUCAAAUGACUCCCAUUACUAAGAGAUUUUUAUGGUGAGAGCUUCUGAGAAGCCAUGGAGUUUUGGACCAAGGCUAGAUGUGAAAAAAGACACCACCUGAGCCUUGAAACCAAUUUGCCUUGGACUUUAGCCUGCAAACAACAACAAAUGCAUUCAAAACCAUUCAAAAAAUAAUAGAGGUAUAAUUACUAUUGGAAAUAUACUGUAUGUUUUUAUUAUAUAUACAUAUACCACCACCCAUGUUGACUAUUUAAAUUAAUGUUGUAUUUAUGAUUUUUAAUCAGGCUGCUUGCUGAUGAUCAUGUUAAAUAAGAAAAAAGUUUGUUUUUCUUGACUUCUUAAUCAGACAAAUUCUUAAUAAGUCCCAUAUUUCCUCUCUCUCUCUCUCUCUCUCUCUCUCUCUCUCUCUCUCUCUCUCUCUGUCUCGCUCUCUCUCUAUACACAGAAACAGACAAAUCUGAUAGUAAUUAUGGGAUCUUUUGAGAAACUCUUUCUUAUCCCUGCUUCUUUUGAUGCACUGUUUUCAGUUUCACUUAAGCAUUGUAAUUGUAAGAAUACUUCUUUGAUAUGAGAACUGGUUAUAAUUAAAUCUUACUAAG